UGCAACACGCUCUUACCGGUACCCCACCGUCAAGGUCGCAGGCAUGCGCAUGUAGGAUUCAUGUCUGCCGCACACGCUGUGCUGCGCAGCACCCUGGCGGUGCCCCUGACCGAGUUCUGGACUCGGGCUGGGCGUGCGCGUGGUUGCGAGACCAAGGGUAAACAUCGCGCGUGGAGCGACCUUUCAGAAGGUCCGCGUCGCGGCAGCCGCUGCCUGGGAAGCCGGCGUCAGGCCGCCAGCUGUUGGGAGCGGCUGCGGCGGCAAAGGGAACACGUGACCCACCGCGACCAGCUUUCUUCGUUCUGACCCUUCGCCGCGCAAGCAGCGCCUGGGCUUGGAUCCGUGUCGCUUUGCCACAAGCAGUGCAGCGGAAAAGUCCGUGCGCCGGUAAGCCUAACGCAGGCCUGAGUUGGCCGCCGCUCACCCUCACCUCUCUUCCGAGCGAGGCAGCAGCUGUGCCGACGACGCAAUCAGGUGGCGUGCGCUCGCCGUCCGGCGACGGUGCUUCUGCGCGUUCUGCGACUCAUCACAGUGAACGGCGCACGUAUGACUACGACGGCCACGCGGCUCGCUUUACCCGAUCCGGCAGCAGCAGUUGCGCGACAACCUCCGUGUGGUACUGCGCGCUUGUUGUCCUCGAUCCUGUGAAGGCGCCAAGACGGAUUAGGCGGCGCACACGCUGCCGCCCGACGAGAGACGGCCGCGUAGCUCCAGCGCAAGUCCUUUCGGCAAGCCAACUCCGGCUGAGUUGGGCAGUGGUGGCGCGGCUGCAGCGUCGGCUGACCAGGGGCCCAGCUCCAAACGCGAGCGAGUCAAGCCGCCUCCUGCGAGUUGGGCUGCGCGCGGGGACAUCGCGCGCCCCGCGGUGAAGAGCGCCCCUCGAGUCAUGGGAUCCGCGCUCCACGGACCACACGGUCGCAGCGUCCGGCUCCGCAUGCUGUUCCUCAGCUCAUGAGUGUGCACGCCAUGACUGCAGCCUGCGCCGGCAGCAACGGCAGCAACGUUGGUCCGCUCUCCGGUUACUUGGUCCAGCGGCCUGGCGGCGCCCUGGCUCGUCUGAAGGGCAGACGGAAGCGUUGGUAUGUCUUCGACCAGCACAGCUGCUGUUUGCAUUCCUACAAGAGCGACUUGGAUGCUGCAGCAAGAAAGCCACCGUUAUUCAGCAUCGACCUCCGUAAUGCUGCCAUUUCCUUCCUAGUGGAUGAGGAAAACUGCUUUGUCAUUCACUCUGGGGCCAAGGAGUACGUCUUUGUGGCUGGAAACCAUGAGUCAAUGAUGGCAUGGGUCAUGGCCCUACAGGCCAACAGAGACCUGUGCCGGGAGCAAGAGCCAGUUAAUUCUGCACAAAUGGAGGAAGAUGACGUUGCGAAGAGAAAAAUAUCUCUACCGGCUGGUGUAAGGAUAAACGAGAGCAGGACGCCAAGGCAGUGUGAUGAAAAUCAAGGGACAGCUGGCCAUGGUUUGGCACCUCACCAUGAGCAGUGUGGCAGAAGACUUUCGCUACAACACUGGAGAGCUAAGCCCUGGCCGAUAGCCUCUUUUGCGCUUGUCAACCAUCAUCCUACAAUUGAGGACAACUGUUCAUCACAUCCUGUCACUGCCAUGUGCACUACUCUGGAAGAAAACACUGCCGAGAUGCAAAGAACAGACAUUCAGCCCCUCUCACAAAAUAGGAUGCCUCUUGUAUCAACAUCUUCAUCUGAAUGUGUUUCUGCAGUACCUGGGCCCAUUCAGUGUUGUGCUGAACACCGUAAAGACAGUGGUACUGUGAUACCACCACUGCGAUGUAGAGAAGCAAGUGGGGGAAGGAAUCACUACAGGAGGGCACCACUGCGGAGGGCCAGUCACCAUGGUAGUACAUCUGACUGUGAGUCAGACUCAGAUGCUGUGGAUCGCAGUGGAGCUGGGCGUGAUUGUGGAGGAUUCUCUGCAGCAAUGUGGGAGCGCAUUCGUUUCUUGCGCAUGGCAAGCUCUGAAUCCACAAAAGACAGCAGCAGGAGCCAGGAGCGAGCAGGGUCAGUAGAGAGCAAGAGGUCACUUUCUGGGAACUCGGUAUCAAGUGAUUCAGCCAUUGGUCAUGGAGACUCUGCCCUCUCACUGCGCCUGCAUGAGCUGGAAGCUGAGCUUAUGGCCACAAAAUGUGAGCUGGCAAAAGCUUUGAACCGAGAGACAUCUCAAAAGAAUACCCUUAUUGAACAAGACAGCCUCAUUGCUGAGCUACAACAUCAAGUCCAUUGCCUUGAAGCCAGUGGGGAUGAUUCCAGGCCGAACACAAGGGGGAACAACUUGAAUGUACAACGAAUGAAUGAUAAAUGCUGCAUGCUGCAGAGUCAUAACCGAUUUCUGAAUGAGGAAGUUCAGAAUUUGUCAAGGUUAUUACAGCAACAGCAGUGCCAUGCUAUAACUUACCAAAACUGCCUCCAAGACCAAGAAAAAGAGAUUGACCAAUUGAAGAGAGACUACGUCUUCCUUAUGCAGUCAGCCAUUAGGAUGCGUUCCAUGGAAGGACCUGAAGUUAUGGAAGUAUACUUUUAUGGUGGACAAAGGCAUGCAGCUCGUGUACUCCAGCUAUUGCGGGAAGCCCGUAUGUCAAACCCAGGUCUUCCUACAUACGACAGCCAGAGCAAGGUGCUGCAGCACACUGAUGCCUUGGGCUUUCGGCACCAUUACACUGAGGAGAGCCUGGCACUGCACUACAUCUGUCGCCAGCUGCACCUUCACUACCAGGAGCGGCUGCCCUCAGCUGCCCACCACCUGUGGCGCUGGCGCCAGUACCUUCUGCUUUGUGGUGACAACCUUAUCAGCACGAAAGAACUGAAGAGCUUGGUACGGCAAGGUGUUCCUGCUGCAUUCCGGAGUCAAGUCUGGAAGGCGCUAUAUACCUGUCGAGUGGCUGACAUCAUGGAAGAUAAGGGCAAGAACUACUACAGCAACUUAUGUUGUCAAGCAUCUGAGUCUGAGGUGGUGUCUCAGAACAAGCGGCAGAUAUCCCUUGACCUUUUACGAACAUUGCCAAAUAAUGUUCGAUUCAGCAGCCCAGAUGCUGAUGGGAUACGUAAGCUGCAGGAAGUUCUCCAAGCCAUUUGCUUGCACAACCCCAGCCUUGGAUAUUGUCAGGGCAUGAACUUCCUUGUUGGAAUGUGUCUUCUUUUCAUGGAGCCUGAAGAUGCCUUUUGGUGCCUUGUGGGCAUUACGGAGCGCUACUUCACGGCCCAUUACUUUGACCACAGCCUGGUAGGGGCUCAGGCAGAUCAGGAGGUUCUCAAGACACUUCUGCGUGACAAGCUGCCUCGACUGCACCGGCACUUGGCACAGCUUGACAUUGAGCUCUGCACUGUGACCCUCAAUUGGUUCCUUGCCAUCUUCUUCGACUCCGUUCCCUUUGAGACACUGCUGCGCAUCUGGGACUGCUUCCUGCUGGAGGGCCCCAAGGUUCUGUUUCGGUUCUCGCUGGCUAUCCUCAAGAUGCACGAGGAAGUGCUGCUCACAAAACAGGACACGGUAUCCAUCAUGCGGCAGCUGAAGGCCAUUGCCCGUCUCUGCUACGACGUCGACACGCUCAUCAAGGUUGCUUUUGAAGACUUGGAGCCUUUUCCAAGGCGGCAGGACAUCGCCUCAAAGCAGGCCUGCUUCCAAAAGAUACUCAGGGAACAGUCGAAGAAGCGGGAGCUUGAGAAGCACAGUGUUUUGUCCAGAGACAACACAGUGGCCACCGAUGGAAGCUGCUACGGGGACAACGCGCUCAUUAUUGAAUCUGCAGCUGCUUGUGACUCAGAAACCAUAUGGGUGUGUCACGCCAGCUCGAACUUGACCCGACUUUCCCGCGUGAACUGUGAAGACAGCGUGAUGUACAGGCUGAAAAUUGAGAUCGAGGCUCGAGUGAUCUGCAUGCACGCUCUGGGCCACGACGUGAUGCUGCUGGGCACCCUGUCCCACUUCGUGCACGCCUACAGCACACGCACCAGAGAGAUGAAGUGGGAAGCCCAGCUGAAUGAGUCUGUCCUGAGCCUCUGUUCCUACGAAGAGGACGACCAGUGUCAAGUGUUCGCAGGCUUGGCGGACGGCACCAUGGCUGUGAUCGAGAACUUCUCCGUGCAUGUGGCCAAGCCCGACGUGCUGUAUAUCCACAUCGGCAGCAGUCCUGUCACCUGCUUGAAGUUGGUCGACAAAAGGCUCUGGUGCGCCACGGGAAACAGGAUCAUCAUUCUUAGCGCCAGGACGUUGGACACGGUGGACCAGUUCCAAGUGUCGCCCAGCAGCCUGGACUACAUAUCACUACUCCAGCCAUGCUCAGCUGAGGACUCCGCGGCCGACCACUGCGUCUGGCUCGCGCUGCGCGGCUCUUCCGUGCUGCAGCUAUGGGACGCCCAGGCCCUCACCUGCAAGAUGCUCUACGAUGUGCGUGACGACCGCUACCCUCGCUCGACCAGGCAACAAGAGGAAGACAACGAGCUGAAUCCGGCGCGCGUCACGGCCCUGUUGUCUCUUCCAGGCAGCGUGCUUGUGGGCACGGCUCAGGGUUUUCUUAUUAUCUACCACCUGCUGCCGCGGUGCUUGGCCGCGAGUGACUGCAGAACUGAUUCGAGUACCGAAGUUGCAUCGGUCGCAAAGUUCGGACCCGCACCAUCGCCGACAAUGGACGACCGAGGCGCAGUCCAAGAAUCCGAAGUGAGGGUUCGUAACGACAGCGGCUACGUCGCAUCCACCCACAAGAAUGUUACCAAGUCUGCGGGCGCCACGUUGACUGCGUAUAAAAGCGACGAUGGCGUGAAUGAUACGAGCGGCAGCCAGCAUUCAUUCCGCACGGUGAUCAGCAAAUCCACUACUUGCCUAUCGUCUUCACCGAGGAAUACGUCAGAGGAGGAAUCUUCCCCGGGUUCUAAAAGGCGCAGCGUAACUAAACAGAACGGCCUCAAGGAGGAUGAUGUUGCACAGGAAGAGGCUGGAGUAGAAACGAUCCAAGGCAAACUUGAUGGGCUUAGAGACAAAGACGCCACGCGAGACAGCUCCCAGGGCAAAGGUAAAUCUUCUACAUCAUCGACGUGUCUUGCGAAAGAUAUAGAAUCGUCGGGAGAGAGCCACUUCAAUGGCGGAGAAGGCAAAAAGAGAAACGGAAGCCUCGUGGAAGGCCAACUUUUUCUAGCAUCGUCUCCGGGUCGAAAGAUCUGUCGGCGCAUUAUGGAUCCAUCUGAGAUCAGCAUCUGUCCCGUGACCGAAGUGUGCAAAGAAGACUCGCGCAAGUGGAGUCUCCGGACAGCGGACAGUUGCGUGUCCAUGAUCGAGUUGGCGGCGCCGUUGCGAAAGCAGUCUUCAUGGAGCUCCACCAACACCGCACUUAACCAUGUGCUGAAACGACACAACGCCAGCGUCGAUUGCCUCCCUGCUUGGCUCAGCCGGGACACACUCAGUUCAUCCCUGACGAGCGACAGCUACGACUUCGACGACUUCUUUGUGCAGUACGCUGACGACGGAGUGCCUACGCUGGCUGGCCAGGACUCCCAUGUGAUCCCUGCCUCAGCCUGUUUCGCAAACGAAGAGGCACAGCGGUUGCUUGAACGACUAACCGUGCCUACAGUGUACCUCACGCUGGGCAGCCAGGAGGAGCGCUCCAGCACGUGUUCCUUCUGGACGGAGAAUGAUGACGGCGCCGAAACGUCCACCACUCAUGAUGCUACCACUAGCGAGUGGCCUGAGGGACCUUCGUACGACGGCAACCAGCCAAGCAGCGACUUAGGCAGCAACAUCUCCUUUAGCAGCAUUGACCCACAGUACGCAUAUGAAAUGCUUGUUCAGGAGAAGAUUAAGAUCUCGGACAAGGCCAUCCGCUGCCUUGUUGAACUGAGGCGUAAAGGCGGCUCUGUAGUUAUCAGCGGAGCUGGCUGCUACGGAGAUGAUGAAUCGGUUUUGAAGUGGACCGAGGAAGGUGAAGAGAAACUCUGGACAAACGAUCCGGUGAUCGAGGUGUGUCCGUACACGAACACGAUCAAGCCGUCGCCGUACACGCGGUCCCGACUGCCCCGGAAGGUGUCAGUUGCACAGACGAACGGGCAGACGCGGACCGUCGACGGAGCAGCCGUGGCGAUGACGAAUGGACCUUGCGGAGGCGGCCUCAUGCAGCGCGCACGCAGCAGACCGCUCCUCGAGGCGCCCAAGGCGACCAGUUCCAUGGGCGCGCGGCUGGCCCGCAUGCAGAGCAUGUUUGUCAAGAGCGUUGAGAAAAGCUAAUCAAGCGCUUGCACCUCGCGUGUGGUCCACGCUCGGGCUUGCACUGUCCGAGGCCGGCUCCACACUGUUCGACUGUUUGAUUGGGUCAACGCUGCGCGCACGUGUGCGGAAGCUGUAAGCUAGAAGAUGUCACUUAUCAGCGUUCUCACGGAUGGAUUAUUGCGUGCGUUAGACAUUGAAAGAAAUUAUUUUCCAUCCUUUAUGAAGGGUUUCUUGCUAUGAAAGCGCACUGUCUCGCCUCGUGCAUACGAUCUCUGUUAUAGCAGCCUUGUGAAGCACUCUGAAGCGUUCAAGGUGAGCCACUGGAAUAAAGAUAUAAAUAAUGGAAUUAACCGAAAUAAAUGAAAUCUACGGGUUCAUGCAUUUUGUUAUCACCAAUGGUUCGUUGGUAUUUAAUUUUGUGAACUUGACUUUUCGACCUGUCAAACUUGCUCCAAUUCUGCGAUUACAAACUCUCAUAAUUUUUUAGACAGUUCCUUAAAAAAAUAUCCACAACCACGUUCAUGUAAGUGGGCAUUAAUGUAUAGUUAUGCCUCUAAUGUUGUUAUUGCAGUCGUGUUGGAUUAACGUAUCCUAGAUAACGGGAGGUUUCUAGACCCUAAGCCGUGACAUCAGGCUAGCGGGAUGAUUUAAUCGCGUAGUAUGAAGGAACGAAAACGUGAACACGACAAUUUCCCCGCUGUCCUUCUGGCACUCUCCAGUGAAUGCAUUUCUUGUCAGCAAAUUGUGCAUAUGUUACGGCUCCGGGACUUCAAGCUUUUCCUUAUCCGGAUGCGGUGUCCGGUGUGCAGGACGUGCGACGCCUUCGACACUUGGCCGCUGGAGCACAACUACGUUUCAUCUUUCUUACAUUUUUCACCGAUGCUCCUGAGCAUGUGUUUUGCUAGGCGAUUCAAGAAACCUCGCCACUGGUGGGUGUCGCGCUUACCUGCGCACUUGUUUUGGACCCUGACCAAUUAUGUGUCGAGUAAAAACUGCGCUGAAUCGAAACACAGAAAUACAUGAGCAGGAAUGUUUUAGGGUUUUUUCAAUCUGUAGCGUGUAAUGCCUUUGACGCAUUUCGCAGCCAACUUCUGUUGUCGAAAAGAAAAUGAAUGGGGAUAUGCAGCUACAGCAUCCUUUCUAUGUUUCUGGGGCCGAAUUCACAAAGCUUUUCGUUUGUAAGUGCUAUUUACGAUUGGUCGGCCUCCUUUGCUAAUAAUAUGUCCAGCGUGAGAGUUGGCUGGAAUUUCCACUUGCGAACAAUUCUAGCGUAAGAGAGUUUUGCGAAUAUGGGGGGCCAUGAUUUUUUUCCGGGGCGAAAUGGGACAGCUCUCCUUUCUGUUUUCUGACCUACUGAGAAAGUUGCAUUUGCCCUUCUCCUUCCGUUGCCCUACACGCCAUUCCUACUUUAAAGCAUAAAUAAUACCUGGAGAAGAAGUCAUAUUAUAGAUAGUUUUCUCCGAAGUACUCAAGAGAGUUUCCCAUUUAGGCCAUUUAAACUGGCUUGUGAAUCAGGGAUGCUAUGACGGAAAACCAGCGCAAUAAGCCGGACAGGAAGGAGCGGACUGCAGGUCAAGGCGCUGUCCGCUCUUUCUUGUUCUGUUCUUGGCGCAAUUUCUUCGUCAUAAAGCUGUAAGCUUAAGUUCAGACGUCUCUGCAUUUCCUGGAUUCUUUAACUUGCUUCGCCAAAAGUUCGUAUUCUAUCUUGGAGACGAUAGCGUUAUCCUGUUUUGUCACCUAGCCGGUGAUUUCUUUAUACUGGAUGUUAUGGUAAGUUGUCCAGUGUCCCGCGAACAGCAGCGUUAAUUCUUGCGACGGGUGUUCGUCCCUCGGCUAAUCCCUUGCCCAUAGUAGUAGUUCUGAAAAAGUGGCCUUUCAAAAUGCUACGCUCUGGUGGUGUUAACGUUACCUGCAGUUUCAGAUCAGGGAAGGGUAAAUGCAUAAUAUCCUACAUUGUGACCUAUAUUCCUUGACAUUGCUUCUGUCGCGAUGACAGCUUGCUGGGAUCGUCUUUCUGCGUCAUGCAGAGAUCACGUUUUCCUGCUUUUCUGCCACCAAAUUUUUACCAAAAGCAUUGCUGGGCUAUCGAGCAUUCGGUCUCUGCAGGCACAAGGUGCAGCGGCAUGACCUUGUGAUGGUGCAGGAAGGCUUUGCCGUAGACUGAUACACAUCUAACUCGCUCCAACUCACAGGAAAGAAUAAAAUAACACGUGAAAAACUUGCAGUGUCAGCAUGGUGUCCUGGUAUACACUGCCAUGCAGUGCGAGAUGAUUAAUACACACACAAAAAAAAAAGGAUGCGACAACAAACAUCGCUGGCUAGCAACAAUAUUGGUUAUUGGAAGAAUGAAUAAUAUAUGUUUAAAAAAUUGUCACGAUGUCGCAACACGACGGCUGUUUCUAAGUGAAAGUUGGCAAAAUUGCACAUGCAAAUCACCUGGUAAUCGCGUGCUUCAAACAGGAACAAAAGUAAGAAAAAAGUCGGAAAACACAAACGCGCGGCAAAACAAGGACACCAGAAAGUAAAGGCUAUGAAUGACAUAUGCGCAAGGUGCACACGUGCAGAAUUUGACCAAGAUCUAUCAGAGCCACUUCUUUAUAGCUGACACCGCCCGACUCCCUUCAUUUUGUGUAAAGUGUGCUUCUACCAUUAUUUUUCUAUCACAGUGCGUAAGCGACACCUUUCUCGCUUCCUUCAUUUGUGUCUUGGUCCCGUCGUACUCUUCCCGUUAUAAACGUGCGCCAACAUAUCCAGUUCUCAGUCCUAGUAGUAUUCGAUGGGUAACAAGUGCCCAUCGCACCGAGGCUGAACUAUAGCGAUCCUAGAUUGCCAGGAAAUAAUGGAACAUCUGAAUAUUCCACGCCGUUGUCAUAACUUCGGAUAUCGUAGCAUAUCCGUGCGAAGCACGACGCUACAAAUUCAGAGCUCUCACCUUUUGCAUGGCUUGCUGUUCUGAAUGAAGUAGAUUAGCUACAGGAAGCUCGAAUACUUUGUUACCACGCAAUUCAGUCCUGCUUGCUGAAGUCCUGCAAUCUCUGCGUCAUACAUCGCCGUAUCUUUAGUUCUAAAGGCCCAUGCAGGAAGUACGCAUUUGAAUAAAACGGAAGUCCUCCACGUAAACAGCACUUACACUCCUGGGAGUCACGUAUUAAAAUUACCAGUGUCAUUUUAUUAUUGUAUUUUCAUUCUUUCUAACUAAUCAAAUAGGAAUCAAUUACCAGCUGGAAUUUUAUGCGGGGCCCGCGUCUUUAUUGUCAAGUUUUCUAUUGCGUGCACAGCGCGAAAAUUUUAUAGGCCGAGUUCUUCACGCCUUUUGUUCGCGAAAGCUGUCUGUCACUUGCCGACGGCUCUCGCUGGCGUUAUCAUCGAUAUUUCGAUUGGCUGGUCCCCUUGCAUCUGUGUCCCCGCCUUCGUCUUGAUUGAGCACUUCCUUGUCGUGAAACUCUUCACUCUAGACGGGGUAGCUUUUUUUUUUUUUCUUUUUAAGUCGUGGUCUUCUGUGGCGACAUCAUAUUUGGGGAUCGUGGGAUCCGGGUAUUCGGCUGCCACUUUAUGACCGCUUUUGUCAAUAUAAGCCGUAGGACAACGAAGUGUACGUAAGACAAUGAAACAGGCGUCAAAAUGAAGCUUGGAACAGAAGAGACGCACCAAGUUAGCGUAGAGCUAUGUACGGAACAGUUGUGUAAUGAGCUCAAAAAGGCCGAAAUGGCACCCAGAUGUGCUCGUUCAAACUGCGCGCGCCUAAAACCGGAACAGGAAGGGGGGCUCAAAAAUAUGGGUUGAUCUCGAAGGUAGUGCAGUCUAAACAACAAACCACAUACUACGCUAUUUCGCCCAAGAAGAUCUUAUCUUUUUCCAUUUCAACCGCUAUUGACUCGUCUUUCUCAUUAGUAUAACCGACACAUUAGAGAUAAUUUUUGUUCGUCACCUGUUACAUCUCGCCGGUAGUGCGCCCCCUCCCACAGUUGAGGGAUUGUUGGCGAGGAGGUAGUUUGGACAGGAUGUCAAGGACAUUUUAACGCAUUUUAAAACAACUUUUUGUGCCUUGAGGUCCCUUAUUCGUUCCGAAGAUCUGGCGAUUUUGGUUCCUCGUGCGUGUGGCGCGUGACUUCGGCCCGCUCAAUGUUCCUGUGCGACGGGGUCACCUAAUUUUCGCGCCGGUGGCAUCUGUGAAGGAAUUGUUUUUGUGAAGCACGAAGGGACGACGGGCAGGCGCAUCGCACUUUUUUGGGAGAGGAGCCUCCCCUGCAUUCUUGACUUGUCACUGGCUGUAGGAUCAACUGGUCGUUAGUGAGGAAUGAUAAGAAAGCAAUAGAGUCGAGCCCAAGAAAUUCCUACAUUAUACCGGCCUUAGUUCUAUGAUUGUGGUUAAAAAUGCAGAUACAUAAAUUGUAUUAGCAUUGCAGUCUUUUUCCAUUUCAACCGCUGUUGACUCGUCUUUCUCAUUAGUAUAACCGACACAUUAGAGAUAAUUUUUGUUCGUCACCUGUUACAUCUCGCCGGUAGUGCGCCCCCUCCCACGGUUGAGGGAUUGUUGGCGAGGAGGUAGUUUGGACAGGAUGUCAAGGACAUUUUAACGCAUUUUAAAACAACUUUUUGUGCCUUGAGGUUAUAGAAUACAAAACUACUGAUGCUUUCUUUUCAGGGGGUAAAACAUAACAGUUUGUUUCGCCCGCAUAUAUUACCUCGGUUUGUUUCAAACAUGGCGUGUACAUUAGCUGCGCCAUCUUGCGUACAGUGCUUUUUUUUUCGUACAUGUCGUAGAAGUGUAUGAAACCUGCGGAGCUGAAUAUUAUCAGUAAUGUUAGGGUGUCUCUUGCUCCUAAAACAUAAAAAAAAAUUUGAACAUUCAUGAAAUGCUGACCGGCUUUUCUUAUAGCUUUCUGACAAGGCUUUAUUGUACUUGCUGCGUUGCUUUGCAGCCGCCAGCCCGUUCCAUUCCGCGCUGAGUGUUCGACCAACUUGCCAACCACUCCACAAAGAAGUUUAAAGGCAGCGAGUGUUACAAAAAUAUGGUGCCAUAUUUUGUGGGGAUAUUUCAAUCCCUCGGAAAGCUCUUUCUUGCGCUUCAAUUGCCAGGCUUGCUCUUCAAAGCAGUAAGCGCGUACUAUGUUUGAUGGUUGAGGUAUGACAUCCAGGUGUUGCCUUGUUUAAAAGUGUAAUCACUGACUCUUUUUUUGGCACUGGUGAAGGGCUAGACAGAUGAAAAAACGCAUUUCAGAUUAAAUGUGCGCUCUGGCUCUUCCGUAGUUCCCACGUAGUCAGUAGCUUAUUGUAGUGGCGACCGCGGGAACACAUUUUUUUAAUAUUUGGCUCUCGGUAAGUGCUGGGAACGUCCUACGCUUAGGGAGAAAUGUUCAUAGCGUUUUCCGUGUCUUUCGCGGAGCGCUGCGUCAGGAAUAAAAAAUUGCGGAGGAAGAGAAAAUCAUACCUGUCCUAGGGUGCACUCGUCGUAUUCUUGCGCCGUUGCAAAAACAGUAUUGACCGAAUCUGAAUCCCAAGCGGUACAUCCUGAGCUUAUUCGUUUCUGCUUGUUUUGUCUGCAUACGCAGACAGCUCGGAUGGUAGUAUCUGUCUCACAUCACUUUAGGACAACUGGAUGCUGGGCAAGUCGGAAUGAAUUCAUUUUGAGACAGGCGCGAAAGGAACGAGGACUCUAAACACGCAGGCUCUUUGUCUUGCCUAGCGUCCUCAUUUCUGUCACGCCUGGCUCAAUACGCAUCAUGCCACAUUAACGUCUAUAUUAUCGCACGUUAACGCGAUAAAGUCCGAGAGACUUUAUAAAAACCUUACGCGAAGCGCUUGGCGUACUCAAAUGAAGAAUCGUGAAUGGUACUGGACAGAUGUAGAACCCAAACUCUGCUUUGGUUCCUUUGCACGCAUGGUGUAUUAGGUACGCUAAGUUUGCGUCGGCCAUUUCUAGAGCUCUGUUAACUUGCAGAAGCGUUGUUUUUUGGCACGCGAGAAAAAAGCAGUAUGAAAGCACUGCUGCUAUACUUCUGUAGAAAGUUGAGACAUGCCAUAUUUAGUAUGUGGCGCCUCGUCUUUCUUUUACUGCCCUAUUUUGCAGCAUUAGUACUUUGACGGGAGGGCUUUGUAUUGAGCGGACAGUGACUCGGGAGUCAAGUCUUGGUUUUAUAAAUUCCAGGUUCUAUUUCGACUUGAUGACAUAACAAUUGACAUUGCUGAGAUGACAGAACGUCAUAUACAUAUACCUGUAGAGCGAACUUGGGAGUUGGAAGGCUCACGUAGGUUUCUUUGGUUGCCCUUUACAAAGCAAUACUAUUGAAGCACUCAUUCAGAGCAAAACAAGGUUUUAAAGAAUUCGAAAGCCUAUGAUUAUUUAUUUCCAGUGCAGAACUGAAUACUGCAGCCACUCACCACAUUAACAAAUUUCAGGACAAGUCGUGAGUCAGUCCUGUCAGCGGGUCCUUCGCGCGCUGUGUCUAUAUAUGUGUGUGCGUGUGUGUUCAUUGCCGGUGAACGUUUGUUUCAUCGGCUUUGCACUGUGAACAUGAACUUCGCCAUAUUGUAGCUACCAGUAUAAUUGAGAAAACUACAGCGUAUAACAAGACCAAUCAAGGCAAUCCGCUGUUCCUUAACCGCAGCAAAAGCCUGCAAAGUGUUCAACAACGUGUUUCAAACGUCGUGAGAGCUUGUGUUUAUUAGAGAAGAAAACAUACUGCAAAUGCUUUUAGAGCCUUAUUAGUUGUUUUGAACUUCAUAAUAACCUUAAAAACAGAUUGUACUGCACAUUUCUGGCAUUUUUCUGUUACAUAUAAAGCUAGUACUUUCAGUAUCAGUUUCGCAGACACUGUGUGGGGUUAAAGCUUUCCCUAUAUCUUUUCAAAGAAACAAUUCAGGAACUAUAUUUUUUUGUUAAAUGUUUGCCAAUGAAUCCCGCAUAUAAUAAGACAAGAAAAAAACAUACUCGUUUUUUUUUAACAAUAAAUGCGGUUAUCAACUUGGCCUCAUACCAAACUCUACAAUAUGCAGAAGGUGUGAUUAAGCUGCUUUACUAGAAUAAGUUCGGUUCCGCCUCUUUCUCUCUGUUUCGUUUAGCUUUUGUCUCUGCAAUAAAUCUGAGAUCGUAGCCCAUGGCUGUACGAAUAAGCUCCAUUCAUGCAAACGUGAGACCCAGUUUGCUUGCAACCUUUUACGGAGAAUGCUCCUUUCCGUACAUUCUUCUGUAGCCUCAGAAAAGAUUGUGCAGCGGAACUCACCCUGAGCCGUGCGCAAUUGGAAAUGCCUUUUCAAAAUUUCGCUUACAGAGCGCACAAGUCGAAAACGAGUGAGGCGGAAUGCGCAUGGUAACCAAUGUCUGUCGUGCGCCCACUGUUUACUGUAAUUGCUUUCUUGAGAAAUUAUUUUUCUUAACCUCUUUUUUCUUUUCCGUAAAAGUUAACCUCUGUAACUCUUAUAAAAUUCAUUAUAGACAUUAUGUUGCCUUUUUGUUUACCUUCUGUUGGCUGCAACAUAAGUUUUGUUGAAAUACAACGGAAUGUAAUGCAUGAGUUUUGCAAGGGUGACCUUUGCAAGUAAAUUUGUGCAACGUCUGAUGUAUAAAACGUACUUUCCUUCUCCUUGCAAAAACACUGUAAAUAAAGAAAUUUUCGUGGUUUCUCA